CACAACAGAGGUCACACAUGAUUCAAAAAUGGACGCGUCCUGUUGAAACGCUACUGCCGUGUGAGUUUAAAAUGAAUGUUUUAUCUUUUCAGUUAUUUUGAAGCGAAACCACUGAAUCACAUGGAAAAAAUGGAGCUUGCUGAAGAGACUGUGUGAGCUGUCGUCUACUCCUGCGAUGCCUUCACAUGCUUGUUUACAAAGGCUGUGCAUCUGCUACAUGGCUCUCUUCAAGACCAGACCCAGUCCCUGGACUGUGCCCUCUCAGAACAGAGCUUUGCACUUCACCGCCUGUGAAUCGCAGUGUUCAAGCCCAGACUCUUCCUCCUCUAUCAGCAGUGUAAAGCAGACACCGACUGCCUCAGAACCUGCGGACGAGGGCCCUCCGUCUCAACCCACCCACUGCUGCAUGAGCGGCUGUCAUAACUGUGUGUGGAUCGAAUAUGCUGAACAACUGCUGAAGUAUUACAGCAAUGGUGGAGAGAGAGCUCUGGCGGCCAUUGAGGAGAAUGUUCUCGAUGACAACCUAAAGGCUUAUCUUAAAAUGGAGAUCAAGUUACUGAAGAAGCCUUGAUGACAAUGGACUUUGGGGGGGAUAUUUAUUCAGAGUUCAUAGUGUUUCAUAGCAGCAACUAUUUGCACAUUUUUAAUAGGUGAGUUUUGAGUUUUCUGUCAAGAAUAUAUCUGGGUCAUAAUUCACCUAAAAAUCAGUAGAAAAAGAUUGGUGUUUAUUUCACAAAGACAACAAAUCCUAAUCUUAGGACCAUAAGAUUUCAUGACAAUGAACUCCUGUGAGUUCUUUUUACUCUUUUUACAUAGGACUUUUCACAAAAUAUAGUCCAUUUUAUUAUAAUUGAAAUAUACAUGAAAGUGUGUUGUGAAAAUUGUGAAGGGCAUGUUCAAUAUUACAGAACUGACAGAUGUCAGACUACACCCAUGAUAAUACCUUAUCUAAAGAACAUUUUUAAUGUUCACUUCUGCAGUAAAAAAGAUAUGAAUUGCUAACAAUGUUAUGUAUUUAUAGACAGAUAUGUUUAUAAUUUCAUAUUUAUAUUUAAUAUAAUAUUAGGAUAAAGUGCACAAUUUAUUAUUUAUCAUUGUUUUACAUAUCAUUUUGCACAGGUUUAACCAUGUUCUUAUUCAGAAAACACAAGGACACCCUAUAAUUACUAAAAAUAAGUGUCACACUGAACUGAAAUAGGAUACACUUAUCCAUGUGUGAACAUUUAGUAGCAAAUCUGAUGACACCAAUCAGAAACUCAGAAGAAUAAUAUAAAUAGGGCCACCUGUGAUUAUGUGCUUUGGAAAAUGAAUCGUAGUGGUAGGAGGGAAAGAGGGGGGGGGAAAUAAUAAGGGGGACAGGGUCGAAGGACAUUUGUUCCUGAUGAAAUCCAAAGCAUUGUAGUUGACCCAUGUUCAUGAGGAAAGUUGCUUACAGGCUCAUCUUCAGGGUUUUUAUACUACUUACACAUACAGUAUAAUAUAUACAUGCAUACAUAUAUAUAUGUAUAUAAUAUAUAUAUAUAUAUAUAUAUAUAUAUAUGUUGUUUGCAGAACUGGGAGACGAUUGCCUAUAUGGAGGGAGAGAAAGUCUUUUUAGAAUACUAAAAAAACAGUUAUACUGUAGGAUGGAAAAUAUGGUCACCAAUAUUGUAAUGCAAUUUAGCCGAGGAUGAACAAAAUUUUUAAUGUAAUUGUAUAUUGUAUUGCAUGCCAAGUUCAUUUUAACUUUUCUUUUUUUAGUGAUUUUAAUUACUGCAAGAUCUCUUUACAGAAGUGUAAUGAAAAUAAACUCUUCUUAAAGCUCA